AUUAAUAGAUAUACGGAAUUCACCUAAUCUUUCCAUAGUAAUUCCCCUUGUUAAUACGCGGACAAAACACAUCGACGCAGAUAAUUUUACAGAAAUAAUUAGCAGACAUGGACGAACGUUCCCGGACGAUCCUUAGGAAAGGUCGAACUAUUUUAAUCAAAGGAUUAUGUGACAUCCCUGGUAUAUGUGAUAAAUUGUUCACAUAUGGAGUGUUAACAGAGGGUAUGAUGUCAGAAAUUACGUCUGAACAUACACGAGAACAACAAGCUCGCGCACUUCUUGAUAUACUACCACGAAGAGGUCAAACAGCUUACGAUUAUUUCCAUCAAGCACUUGUAGACACACACAAUCAAGAUCUCGCUGAUGUCCUGAAGCCAGAAUUUGCAAGCAGACCAGAAUUGUCAAAAGCUAAAACUUUAGAAGAAACACCACAGCGUUACGAUAGAACAACAUUACAACAUGCUGCAUCUGUCGGUUCGCCAAUAAUUGAUCCUCCAUCAUUAUUUUCAGUAGGAAGCAUUGAUAUACACUCUACAGAUACUGUUCCUCCAUUUACUCCAGAGACUGUAGAACCAAUGAAAAUACAAAUGCAAAAAUGUAACAGGCAACAGAUUAUGAGCAAUAACCCGGAUUGUUAUAGCAUGGACGGUAAUUCCAGAGGAAAACUAAUAAUCAUUAACAUAAUGUCAUUCGAUAACCAUGAUAUACCAUCACGUGACAAACAGGCACAUGAUCUGUCAGCAUCAAGUUUGUCGUUAUUAUUCAAAAAACUUAAAUUCAAAGUUGUGCUAAAAACAGAUAUUAAUAAAAAGGAAUUAUUAGAUAUGAUAACUGCAGAACAACAAAGUCCUGAGAUUUACGACUGUUUUGCUAUGGUUAUUUUAUCUCAUGGACUUGGUGACCUGAUAUUCAUGAAGGAUGGAGAACCUCUGAAAAUGCAAAAUAUAAUGGAUCAGUUUGAUACAGAAAACUGUCCUAAACUGAAGGGGAAGCCGAAGCUGUUCUUCAUUCAUGCAUGCCCGUCAGAUUAUGGAGAAUCAGACAAUACUGAGAUGAGCAAUAUAUUCCCACUUAUUAAUGAAGACCAUCAUACUCUCACCAAAGCAGAUAUUUUCUUAGCUAGGGCAACUAAAUACGACCCAAUCGUUUUUAAUACGGAAUCCAAGGGUUUCUGGUUCAUCCAAGCGUUUGUUCACAUAAUGAAGUACCAUGCACAUCACAAUCAUCUUUUAGAUAUCAUGACAAAGGUUAAUGGAUUAGCACGAGAAGAUGACCAACUUGUUGACAGUAUGAAUACAUUGACUAAAUCCUUAUACUUCUUCCCUGACUAGAUCCUUAUACUUCUUCCCUGACUAGCUCCUUUUCUUUUCCCCAGACUAAUGUAUAAUGACUAUCGAGGAAAAUGUCAAAUUGAAUAUAUGUUGUCAUUUUCUAUGUAUAUUUUAGUAGAUAAGCUGGACAAUUGUGAAAUGUAUAUUUUAGUAGAUAAGCUGGACAAUUGUGAAAUGUAUAUUUAUUUUAUCAUUGUUUAGACUUGUAGACUGUAGAAUAUAUUCACAUAAAUUAGAUUUUUUGUUGCUA